UGGGGGCCGGCCGAGUUGCCGCGGUGACGGGAGCUGCGGGGCGCCGCGGCCGCUCCCCGCCGUCGCCAUGGAGCUCAGCCUGGCCCGCGUCGACUACCUGCAGGUGGGGGUGACGGCCCAGAAGACCAUGAGGCUGCUCCCCGCGUCGGGGCGGAAAGCGACGCAGAAGGUGGUUGUUGGAGAUCAGGAUGGGGUCGUUACAUGUUUUGGCAUAAAAAAAGGGGAAGCCGUGCCAGUGUUCAAGACACUGCCAGGCCAAAAAAUUGCAAGACUGGAGUUGGGAGGAGCUCUUAAUACACCACAAGAGAAAAUUUUUGUGGCUAUAGGAUCAGAAGUUAGAGGUUUCACAAAAAGAGGGAAGCAGUUUCUUUCAUUUCAGACUAACCUUACUGAAAGCAUCAAAGCUAUGCAUAUUUCAGGAGCAGAUCUCUUUCUUUGUGCAAGCUACAUCUAUAACCAUUACUGCGACUGCAAAGACCAGCACUACUACCUAUCGGGAGAUAAAAUCAAUGAUGUUCUCUGCCUUCCUGUAGAUAAAGUGAAUUGCAUUACACCGGUACUUGCAUGUCAGGAUAGAGUCCUCAGAGUUUUACAGGGAUCUGAUUUACUGUAUGAAGUAGAAGUCCCUGGACCACCUACUGUUCUCUCUCUAAACAAUGGAAAUGGGGGUGAUUCUGGAGAAGAAAUUGUGUAUGGAACUUCUGAUGGUAAACUGGGUCUUACCCAGAUUACUGGUUCCAAGCCUAUACCUAAGUGGGAAAUUGGAAAUGAAAAAAAGAGAGGAGGUAUCUUAUGUAUUGAUAGUUUUGACAUUCUGGGAGAUGGAGUUAAAGAAUUGCUUGUUGGACGAGAUGAUGGAGUCCUAGAAAUCUAUAACUUUGAGAAUGCAGAUGAUCCUGUCCUUCGAUAUGAUCAUGCUUUGUCAGAGAGUAUUGCAUCAAUCCAGGGUGGCUGUGUAGGAAAAGAUGGGUAUGAUGAAAUUCUAGCAUCCACAUACUCAGGCUGGCUGACAGGACUGACCACAGAACCUGUCCAUAGAGAAGGUGGAUCGGGUGAAGAACUAAAAUUAAGUCAAGAAAUGCAGAACAAGAUUUCAUCCUUAAGGAAUGAGUUGGAACACUUACAGAUUAAAGUACUUCAGGAACGUGAAAAAUACCAGCAGUCUGCCCAGUCCAGUACUGCUGUUUCAUCAGUACCUGCGUUUAGUGUGAAUGAUAAGUUUACAUUAAAUAAGGAUGAUGCUAGCUACAGCCUCAUCUUGGAGGUGCAGACAGCUAUAGAUAAUGUCUUGGUACAGAGUGAUGUCCCAAUAGACUUGCUGGAUGUGGAUAAAAAUUCUGCUGUUGUUAGUUUUAGCAGCUGUGAUUCUGAGCCAAAUAGCAACUUCCUUCUUGCAACAUACCGAUGCCAAGCAAAUACUACAAGGCUUGAACUUAAGGUUCGAUCAAUUGAAGGACAGUAUGGGACACUUCAAGCAUAUGUAACACCAAGGAUUCAACCAAAAACCUGCCAAGUUCAUCAAUAUCAAAUUAAACCACUUUCACUUCAUCAGAGAACUCAUUCUAUUGACCACGACAGACCCAUGAAUACACUGACGCUCAAAGGCCAGUUCAGCUUUGCUGAAAUUCACUCGUGGGUUGUGUUUUGCUUGCCUGAGGUGCCUGAAAAGACUCCCGCUGGAGAAAGUAUCACCUUUUAUUUUCAGAACACCUUCCUGGGUACACAGCUUGAAAGUACUUACAGAAAAGGUGAGGGAUGUUUCAAGUCUGACAACAUUUCUACAAUAUCCAUCCUAAAAGAUGUGCUUUCCAAAGAGGCUACUAAAAGGAAGAUUAAUCUCAACAUAUCAUAUGACAUAAAUGAAGAAUCUGUGAGGCACACAUUAAAGCUUAUCCACCCUAAAUUAGAAUAUCAGCAGCUGUUGGCCAAGAAGGUUCACUUAAUAGAUGCUUUAAGGGAAUUACAAGUUCAUGAAGGAAAUGUGGACUUCCUGCUACCAAAGUACCGCAGCAUUUUGGAAGAGGCAGAUCAGCUGCUCGAGGAAUACAAGAGGCAACCUGCACAUCUCGAGAGACUUUACGGUAUGAUCACGGAUCUCUUCAUAGAUAAAUUUAAAUUUAAAGGCACUAAUGUGAAAACUAAAGUUCCUCUUCUUCUGGAAAUUCUGGAUGGCUGUGAUCAAGAUGGACUAAUUGCUUUUUUUGAAGCUACAGCCUGACAAGGAAAAAAGCAGCAUUUUUAUUACUUUUUUUUUUUAGUCAAAGCAGUUCAAUACUAAGUCCAAAACAAUUUUUAAGAAAAACACUUUUAACUCUUUCAUUGUACUGUCAACUCUUUGGUUUGAUUCAUACUCAUUAUUGUACAGAAUACAGUAGUCACACAGUUCCCAUCA